AUGGAGAUACUCAAUCCGUUUAAAGAUAUCCAGCCGCUACGGGGCCAGGUCUCGUUAUUAAAGACAGUGCAAGAGACUCGUUCGGGGAAGGAUACUGUCGAAGCCUAUGUUGCGGAAAUAAAUAUCAAGUCGGCGAGCAAAGUGUUGAAGUUAUUGGAGUCCAAGUCCCCCAAGGACCCAUCAUUAUCUCUCACGCAUUUGCGCCGCUUCGUGAAGCCGGAAUUUCUACCGGAGCACCUGAAAAGGGAUUCCGCAGCAGCAGUAGAGGGGGAGGUAGUUGCGGCAUCCAAGAGCUCGCAAACUAUCUACAUCCUCAUCCCACCUCCAUUACCUGAGCUUUCCCUCUUGGAAACACUCCUGGCACCAUAUGCGCCCAUCUCAGCGUCCUCAGACGCUUCAUCUGCUCCGGAUGCUGCAGCGUCAGUACCAGCGCCGAUAUCACCUAUCGAAGUCCAAUCAAUUCGUAUACCCCUCUCCCCACCAACCACAGAGGAAGAAUCGGUUACAUGGUCGCGUACCCUAUGGCCGACCAUUUUCAAUCCUGCUGCCCAUCCAAUCACCCACUCGCCCCGUGGCCCGCUGCUACUAGACGCGCAGGAGUCUGUGUCUCGCAGAGCGGGCAACUAUCUAGCGCUAGCUAGAAACCGUGGCCGGGGACGCCGCGGGUCUGCAGCAGGCGAAAUGCAGGGGAAGGUUGGUGCGGGAGCUGCUCCUUCGACAUCAUAUGAUCCAGACAAUGAAGGGCAACCAGAUCACCAUGCACUGAUGCGCGCCAUAUCAUUAGUCGCCUAUAAGCGCCUUACCUCGUCGACGUCACCCACAGUAACACCGUCAAUAUCUAUGUCCCCGCCAGCACCAGCGUCUGUUGCGUCGACACCAGGCCCCCUACCCGCUGUAUCAUCUUCUACAGAGCCUUCAACCUCCUCUCCACCCCCAUCCAAGAAACCCAAACCGUCGCCACAGUCCCUAGAUCCCGAGCCCAUCCAACCAACCCAACCGCCACGACCACUCCCCUACCCCCCACUCACCCCUCUAGAAUUUCACUUCCUCUCUCUCCCUAACAUCCAAACUCGCACACAGGGCGGCUACCUCUGCACAUCGCUAGACUUAUACAUAACCCACGAACCCUGCGUCUGCUGCGCGAUGGGUAUGCUGCUCUCGCGGUUCCGGGCUGUGGUAUAUUUACAAGCUACGGGUCCUGGGAGGGCGGAUGCAGCGCUGGAUCCAUAUACCGGAUAUGGAUUACAUUGGAGGCAGGAGUUGAAUUGGCGGGUAGUGGGGUUUCGGUUUUGUGUUGAGGGAGAGGAUGGGGCGGAAUCGAAGGAGGAGCGGGAGGGGUUAGAAGGGCUAGAGUUGGAAAGGGGAGUGUUUCAUGCUUGA